AAAAUAUGGAGUUUUAAUUCGAGGCAGCAACGACACACGCACACAGAGAGAAAGAGAGGCAAAGAAAAAAAAUCAUCUCAGUUGCCCUUUUUUUUUUGUUGUUGAAUAUUUUUAAAUAUAGAAUGUCUGAAAAUAAUCUGUUUCAAUUUGCUCAAGUCAUCACUGAAUUACCAUUACAUACAGCCUCUCAACAACACACAGAUACGCCCAUGUCUAAUUACACACAGAGAUACAUUCAUAUAAGAAAAAAUGCCUGUAUUGUAUGUAGUAAAUGCUUUACCUGUUCCAAGGCAAGUAUACAUUAUUAUGGUAUAGAUUGUAACUGUCCUGAGGUUCAGCCACGAAGGGGGAAGAACUUACCUGAAGGUGGGUUAGAUAGUCGAGCAAAGAAACUUCACAGGGAUGAUCCAGAUUAUGAAUUCUCUAUCAAUUGGAUUAAUGAAAAUGCACAUACAAUGUAUAAAGAUGAAAAUGACACGGUCAUUGGCUUACGAGAUUUAUCGGAGGUAUCACUUUGUAAGGCACAUUCAAGCACCCUGUACAGAGCCAAAAAGCGACAUGAGCGUAUGUUAGUCACACCACCUUCACCUGCAGAUUCUUCUAUACAGUAUAAUCCUUAUCCCAUGAAUCAGUCGAUUGGCUCAGGGGGGUUGGCUGCCAAAGUAAGGGAGAUAUCCACACAGUAUAACCAAGUGCUUCCUGUACAACAGCAACAACAAGACGUGCCAGACUUUACAAGGAUGACACCAUCCCAUUCUGCUAAACGUAAAAGGUCAAGUAAGCCAUUGAUCAGAAAGACAGGUAGUAAAUCAACCGAUUUGAGACACUCGGCGAGACCUCACUCUAGUAUGUCCACUCCAUUGUUCAAUUCACGCAUGUUUGUGGAUAAUCCAAUGAAUGGUCCAAUAAACAAUCAAGAUUUUAUGCAACAAGUCAAUCAGUUCCCUUCGCAACUACCUCCUCUUCACACAAGGAACAAUAAUGAAAGUAACAGUACUAUGCUUUACAAUGACCAUUUGAAAAUUCAACAACAACAACAACAGCAUCAAGACAUGGAUUACACCAACAGCAAUAUGGCAACAAGCAAUAAUAAUAAUAUUCCCAUGGUGGUUGAAACAGUAUCCCUUCGACCUUCCAACAGUUCAGAUAUACCUUCCAAUUAUUAUUUCCGUAAUCUAGCCAUUACGGACACAUUUACCUUUAGAGACUUAUUAAAUGAAAUUGACAUUACAGGUUCACCUCCUCCUGGUAAACGUAUCGUCAUUUCAGAUGAGCACAAGAUCUAUCCUCUAGAUCAAGCUAUAAGAAGUGUCAUCAGAAGACCCACUUCGACCCAUUUGGAUUUAUUUCUUGGAUUGACUGAUAAACCUUCUAUCAAUUGGAAUCAUUAUUCCUAAAAAGAAAAAAAUAAAAAUAAAAUUAAACAGUAGCCAAUAAGAUCAAGAUGACU